UGAUCUUACAGCAGUCACUUAACUUGCAUAACUUGCUUAGGAGGCAAGAUCAUAGGCAACCAUGCCUCUACAGUCAUUCUGGCUUCCAAGUGGUCACUACGUUAGUGGCCAUAUCCUUGUCUUUUACCUAAGGAAGUGCCAACACAAUCGUCAUCUUUAUGAGAUACUAGUAGCUACGUUGUUUCGCCCAGAAGCCCAGUAAGGCGGCUCGCGCGCCAGGGGUUUGUUUAAUCUCUCGAGGCUUGUUUUUAGGCAAAUCCGUAUAUAAACCUUGAGAAGGAGAAAGGAAAGAGAGAGUGAGAAAACGUCCAUCUUCGCCUACAAGAUGUCUUCAACUGUGGCAAACAAUACUGCGCCACAUUCUCCUACUAUACACUACCCCCAGCCAGAAAGGCCAGCGAGCCAUAGUGUGACGCCGCCAUUCUCCAGCUCUGCGAGCAUUCGCUCUUCCCCACAAUAUACGCACCCAGCAGGCGUCAACUUCCAGCACCAGUUGAUAAAGCCCAGCGAGGAUCUCCAACGCUAUCUGGACUUCCAGCUCAUAACGCCGAAGUUGAAUCGGAUUCAUCAUCUGCUAUGGCUCGCUGGCCUCCCACGGGCAGCCCGGCCACUGCAUCGACAGAAGCUGAUGAAGCGUGCGAUUAUCCUCACGGAAUCCCCAGAUGAGCACUUGGUCUGGAGCCCCGGGCAGAUCCUCAUCAAACCCGUCCCGGAAUAUCUUCUGGACCACGAGUUUUGGGUGCGGGAGCUCUGUCCUCAUCGAGAACUGCACGCUGCCGCAUGUGGGCUGCUUCUAUCUUAUGCGUGGCUCAUUACUGGAUUGAUCGAUUUCCAACUCGCCAAGGACGAGCGUAUUUUUCCCUGUGAUGUCACUUGGGAUGCAUGGACCCUAUUAAUCCGGCAGUUCCUCGAGUGGGUGGACAAUGAGAAUGAUGACGAUAGAUGUAGUACUUCCCUGCCCACAGAAAAGGAUUAUGUUUCCCAACCCCAGCCUGCAAUCAUCAACAAGCGCUACGAGUUUGGCGAGUUGCGCUUGAGCCGCCUGAAUUCCCUGUACCGAUUAGCGCCCGUGACCUUUUCUAUCCGCAACCUCAUUUUUGGGUUUCUUCCCAGUUCCACAUGGUACCAGGAGUUCUUCGAGCGUAAUUUCUCGUGGAUCCUGGCGGUUUUAGUAUACAUGUCAGUUCUGUUGUCGGCCAUGCAAGUGGGACUGGCGACCGAGGCGCUGCAGGGGAAUCAGCAGUUUCAGAGGGUUUGCGUCGUCUUCACCUUGGCGUCUAUUUUCUUUACGGUAAUUCUGGCAGAUGCAGAGAGAGCGGAGAGUGUAUAG